UGUCAGUUUCGUUUUAUGUUUGUGUAGCGCUCAAGUUCGCACCGGUAUGAAAAUCCCGCGGAAAUCAGAGUGUUUGUUUGAAGGUGUUACAAAUUUAAUCUUAUUUUGUCCUUGAGUGCAUUCAUAAGAACAAAACAGCAUGUCUCAAUCAGUUGUGGGAAAGAUAGCAUCCGUGUCGUUGAAGGAUUUUGUGACGUAUGACUCGGUUGUACUGUAUCCGGAUGAACAUUUGAACAUAAUUCUUGGCCCGAACGGAACCGGAAAAUCGGCUAUUGUGGCCGGUAUCGUGCUCGGAAUGGGUGGCACCUGUAAGCUGCUUUCCAGAUGCGACAAUAUCGAUAGUUACAUUAAGAAUGGUAAAGAACGUGCCACGAUUCGCAUUUCAAUUUAUCGCGACAAAAAUCGCGCCGUACGGUGGUUCAGUCGUUCAUUCGAUCAUGACUGCGUCAAUACGUACGAAAUUGAUGGCAAAACGGUUUCGCACCAGGCGUACCUACAGCAAAUCCAGAUGUACAAAAUCCAGGUGGGAAAUUUAUGUCAGUUCCUACCGCAGGACCGUGUGCAGGACUUUACGAAGAUGAAUCCUCGCGAACUGCUGCUAAACACGCAGUCGUCCGUUUGCGCACCGGAGGUACAUGAAUGGUUCAAUGAGCUGAAGGCGAAGCGCGAAUUACAGAAAAAAUGCAGCACCCAAGGUACGGAAGGAAUGGCCCGGGUGCGAGAUCUCGAAGCACGGUUGGCAGAUUUGAAUCAACAGCUAGAAACGCUGCGCGCACGUGAAGAGUUCCAGCAACAAAUAAACGUAUGCCAGGCUCGGAAGGCGUGGUUGGAGUACGAGGAGCUGUUUCUCAUUUACAGCUCUACACUGCAGGAUCUGAAGUUAGCUAAAAAAAUGAACGAUGAUAAGGAGAAAGAAUACAAUAAGUGCAAAUCGGAAAUGCAAUCAAUUAUAGCACGGAAGCAAGAGAUGGAAAAAUCUAAGGACAAACAGGUGGCAAUCGCUCAACGCUGCACGGAGCAGAUAAACAGUUUGGAAGAGAAAACGGAACGGCUGGAAGAUAAUAUGGGAAAGCAGAAACGCGAUCUACUAGACGCACUGGCUAAGGCAGACGAAAGAAAGGCUGAACUGGAGCAGGCAAAGGUAAUGUUGGCUGCCUUCGUGCAGGAUUGUGCCGAUACAGUAGCCGCACUCGGUUCGGAAGAUCAAAUUCGUCAGAAAAUGUCCGGCCUGGAUGCGAAGGAAAGCAAGAUACGUGGCGAUAACGAUCUACUAAUGGGGCGCCGUCACGAACUAAACCAAAAGAUCGAAACGGAGGUGAAACCGGAAAUUAUGAGCCUUGAACGAAAUAUCGCUACGAUCGAAAAUAUUGCAAACACCAAGCUGAAGAUACUGCAGACACGUUUCGAGGGGACGUAUCAAGCGGUGCUGUGGUUGCGCGAUCAUCAGCACCUUUUUCAGGGUAAAAUCUACGAACCGAUGGUACUGGAGCUAAACGUACCGGUGUUGGAGAAUGUUCCAUUUCUGGAAAAUACAAUCGGUGCCCGUGAUUUGAUUGCGUUCACGUGCGAAAAUACGGAAGAUAUGAAUCUGUUUCUGCGCAAAACGCGCGAAGAAAUGCGCAUUGAGGGUGUGAACGCGAUCCAGAGUGAUCCGGCCGAUGAGCUACACUACAAGCCGCGCCAUCCGAUCGGCAGUCUGAAGCGGUUCGGUUUUCACACCUAUCUGAUCGACAUGCUGGAAGCACCGUUUCCGAUCUUGAACGGGCUUUGCAAGCUGUACGGACUGCAUAACAUUCCCGUGGGCACACCCGACUCAGCCAAACACGUAUCUUCGCUGCCGGAUGAGAUUUCGGUAUUUUUCACACCAUCGCACCGGUUUCAGGUGUCGAAAUCACGCUACACCGGUGAAAAGUCGACCCGUAGCGAUGCGCUCAGUUCGAAGAACAUGCUAAACCGAUCGACCGACCAUGCGCUUUUAGCACAGAAGCAGCAACAGUUGAAGCGCUUGGUCCGGGAGUGUGACAAGAUCCGCAACCAGCGGGGACAGAUAGAGAACAACAUUAAGGAGCUGCAGGAACGGUGCACGGAGCUGCAACAGGAGAAGCGUGAGCUGCAGGAUCAACUGUCCAAGUAUCAGCAUUCGAAGAUGAAAGUAAAGCGGCAGGAGCAGAAAUGCAACGACCUGAAAGGUCGUCUCGUGAACGUUGACCAGGAGCGUGCCAAGUUCGAAAAAACGUGCCACACCAUCCUGGAACAACUGUUAAACGAACAGCGUCGCAAGAUAGAAGCGUUAGAGCAAUACGCAGCCGCUAGCCGUGAGUAUGACCUGCUGGAGCAGCGGAUACGCAUCUUCGAGGAGCGAAAUAACGAACGGGAAUCAAAUUUCCGCGUACUAGAGGAUGCUUAUAAUUCGGCCAAAAAAACACUCCUCAAUGUGGAGAAAAAGCUGGCCGAGAUAAAGGAGAAAUCGUCGAAGAAAAACAGUACCGCACGGGCACUGACCUUAAACAAAGCACCGGAUAAGCCGGAUUUUCCGUACAAGAAAGAAUUUGCCUCACUGCCCGCAUCGGUUGAACUGGUGGAGGCCCACCUGGAGGAGCUGCGCGUCCGAUUUGAGUGUUUGCCGCAGGGAAAUCAGGCCGCAGCUACCGAAUACGAAGAGAUGAGUAGAGUGUUGGAGCAGCUGCGCCGGGCGGUAAGUUGUUCGGAAAACGAGAUCGCAUCCCUGGAACGGUACAUGGCCGAAUUGCAUGAGCGCUGGUACCCGGAAGUACAGCGCGUGGUACAGAACAUAAAUGGCAAGUUUACGCACUUUAUGAGCUCGAUGGGUUUCGCCGGAGAGGUAGAGCUGAUUCGACAGGAGGAGCGGGACUACGAUGAGUACGGCAUUCGCAUCUACGUGAAGUAUCGCAACGAGGAAAAACUGAGCGCUCUCGAUCGGAAGCUUCAAUCGGGCGGUGAGCGGGCAGUGGCCAUUGCAAUCUACACACUCUCGCUGCAACACAUGACGCAGGUACCGUUCCGUUGCGUGGACGAGAUCAACCAGGGUAUGGAUCCGACGAACGAACGGAAGGUGUUCAACAUGCUCGUGGAUGAAACGUGUCGCGAAGGACAAUCGCAGUAUUUCUUCGUAACGCCAAAACUGUUGCCGCAUCUAAAUUACAACGAUAAGAUGAAUGUGUUGAUUGUACACAACGGAAAGUACAUCGAGAAUCCGGACAUUUUCAUAUCGAACGCAGAUACGGGACGUGCCUGAGAAGGGGGCAUAGGCGGAAUGUAACCAGCAACAUGAGUUAAGUACAAAUCAAAGUGAAGACGAAAGUGUCAUCAGUUGCGCCAUGAAAUCGCUACAUAUCUCGUUAACUAUUUUCACAGUGUGAGUGGAAUAUUUAUAUUUUUUUGGGUUUUAACAAUCAGUGGCUUGAACUAUAUCAACAUUUGAUUUAUAUCUGGACGAGAAAAAACACAUACAUUACAUUUGCCUGGUCGAAGAAAGACAAUAAAAUAUAAACUUUCUAAAACA